UAAUUAAUAAAGAAACAGAGCAAGGGGUAGGGGAGUGGAACUUCUUUCCAGUGGCAGCAUCCAUGGUUGCUGGUGGUGGAAAGUGUUUCAGAUCAUAGAUUACACCGAAGUGGAGAACCUCAACCAACGGCUAAACCUUGUUCUUUUUAUGAUAUUUCCCUCCACUCGGCUUGCUAAAGCCUAAGCCUAGACACAUGGAAGCCAUUACCAAUUCAGUUUCCAAGUUACUUUCUUUGUUUUUCACGCUCUUGUUUGUUGGUUCUCAGCUGAUACAUUGUAAUGUCACCUAUGAUAGAAAGUCUCUUCUCAUCAAUGGCCAAAGGAGAAUCCUCAUUUCUGGCUCCAUUCACUAUCCCAGAAGCACCCCUGAGAUGUGGGAGGAUCUAAUUAGGAAGGCCAAACAUGGAGGCCUUGAUGUCAUAGACACUUAUGUCUUCUGGGAUGUCCAUGAACCAUCUCCUGGCAAUUAUAAUUUUGAAGGAAGGUAUGAUCUAGUACGGUUUAUUAAGACGGUGCAGAAGGUGGGACUUUAUGCCAACCUUCGGAUUGGACCUUACGUGUGCGCUGAGUGGAACUUUGGAGGAAUUCCUGUAUGGUUGAAGUAUGUUCCUGGUGUGAGCUUCAGAACGGAUAAUGAGCCUUUCAAGGCAGCAAUGCAAGGUUUCACGCAGAAAAUUGUCCAGAUGAUGAAGACUGAGAAGUUGUUUCAGUCUCAGAACGGUCCAAUAAUUCUCUCUCAGAUUGAGAAUGAGUACGGACCAGAGAGCAGGGCAAUGGGAGCUGCUGGUCGUGCGUACUUAAACUGGGCUGCAAGCAUGGCUGUUGGAUUGGGUACAGGAGUGCCCUGGGUGAUGUGCAAGCAAAAUGAUGCCCCAGAUCCCGUGAUCAAUUCAUGUAAUGGUUUUUACUGUGAUGAUUUCGCUCCAAAUAAACCAUACAAGCCUAGCAUGUGGACUGAGUCUUGGAGUGGCUGGUUUACAGAUUUUGGUGGCCCAAUUCACCAGCGACCAGUUCAGGAUCUAUCAUUUGCAGUUGCUCGUUUCAUUCAAAAGGGUGGCUCAUAUGUGAAUUAUUACAUGUAUCAUGGAGGAACUAACUUUGGACGAUCAGCUGGAGGCCCAUUCAUUACUACAAGCUAUGACUAUGACGCUCCAAUUGAUGAAUAUGGUUUGAUCAGGCAACCAAAAUACAGUCAUUUGAAGGAGCUUCAUAGAGCUAUCAAACGGUGUGAACAUGCUUUGGUUUCUUCGGAUCCCACUGUUGCGUCCUUAGGAAAUCAACAGCAGGCUCAUGUAUACUCUUCAGGUACUGGAACAUGUGCAGCUUUUCUAGCAAACUAUAAUGCAAACUCUGCUGCUACGGUGACAUUCAAUAACAGGAAGUAUGAUUUGCCCCCUUGGUCCAUCAGCAUCCUUCCUGAUUGCAAAACUGAUGUAUUUAAUACUGCAAAAGUGAGAGUUCAAACUUCAGAGGUAAAAAUGCUUCCUGUCAGUACUAAGUUGUUCUCAUGGGAGAGCUAUGAUGAAGAUAUAUCUUCUCUGGCUGAGAGUUCAAGGAUUACAUCUCCUGGACUCUUAGAACAACUCAACGUUACCAGGGACACCAGUGACUACCUAUGGUACAUAACCAGCAUUGACAUAAGUUCAUCAGAAACCUUUCUUCGAGAUGGAAAAAAACCCAGCAUUAAUGUGCAGUCAUCUGGAGACGCUGUUCAUGUGUUCGUUAAUGGGCAAUUUUCAGGGUCGGCUUUUGGAACAAGGGAGCAGAGAAGUUUCACAUUCAAUGGACCUAUAGAUCUCCACGCUGGAACAAAUAAAAUUGCUCUUCUCAGCGUGACUGUUGGAUUACCUAACGUUGGUCGGCAUUAUGAAACAUGGGAGACAGGGAUCACUGGUCCAGUCUUGCUACACGGUCUUGACCAGGGACAGAAAGAUUUAACAUGGAAUAAGUGGUCAUACAAGGUUGGCCUAAGAGGAGAGGAUAUGAAUUUGGCGUCUCCCAAUGGGGUGUCGUCUGUUGAUUGGGUCCAAGAAUCACAAGGUACACAAAGUCGGUCGCAAUUGAAAUGGUACAAGGCUUAUUUUGAUGCACCUGGUGGAAAGGAACCACUGGCUUUGGACCUAGAAAGCAUGGGUAAGGGUCAAGUAUGGAUAAACAGACAGAGCAUAGGGAGAUAUUGGUUGGCCUAUGCAAAGGGUGAUUGUAAUUCUUGCACCUAUUCUGGAGGCUUUCGCCCUGUAAAAUGCCAACUUGGUUGUGGCCAACCCACUCAACGAUGGUAUCACGUUCCAAGGUCCUGGCUAAAGCCAACGAAGAACUUGAUCGUAGUGUUUGAAGAAUUAGGCGGAAAUCCUUGGAAAAUAUCUUUGGUUAAGAGAAUGGUACAUACUUCGGCAGGUCAUGAAUAAGAACGUGUGUGCACUGUGAAUUCUAUGGCUUUCGUUGUGAUUGGUUGAAACAAUAAGUCAUCGACUUGGCAAUAAAUCAGCUUGAGCUGGUUCAACCCUUCUUGAUCAACGUGAUUGGUGCAAAAGAUGUACCCAGAUUAUCUGUAAUCUAUAGUAAUUUAUUCUUUUCAACUACGACCUAUGUACUUGUGAAUGAAGUGAUUGUAUUUAGGAAGAACUUCUCAUA